GAAGAUAUUAUAAAGCAGCAGACAAAGCGAGUGACAAACUGCCGCAAAUAACGUAGUUGUGACCAGACGAAGCAACCCAUUUUCUAUUUCGGGUCAAACUCAAAAGCGCGACGAAGAGGAUGGACAAGAAGCCUCUGCUUGGCGGUGAGGGCAGCGGCGUUCGUUGCGGCGAUCGAUCGACGGGCUUCAGACGCCGCUCCGAUGCCAUCACCUUCGGCUCUCCUUAUCAGAAAGCUGCCGCACUCGUCGAUUUGGCGGAAGAUGGCGUUGGCUUGCCUGAGCAGAUACUUGAUCAAGAAAAUUUCCAGAGUGCUGCAAAGUUUUACUUUCUUUAUGUUCGAUUUAGCUUCCUUUGGGCUUUCCUAUAUUUUGCUCUCAUAAUACUCAAUUUCCUUGAGAAACCUCUAUGGUGCGCGAGGUAUACUGAAUAUACAUGUAGUGACAGAGACUACUACUAUCUUGGGGAGUUGCCAUACUUAAAUGCUGUUGAGUCGCUUAUUUUUGAGGGCAUAACACUCAUUAUACUCAUGGUGCACACAUUCUUUCCAAUUUCAUACGAAGGGUUCCAUCUCUAUUGGAAAAAUCAUCUUAAUCGAUUUAAGGUCAUGGGCCUACUACUUUUGGUUGCUGAUCUGAUGGUUUAUGUUCUCUAUUUGUCUCCAACGGCCUUUGAUUCCCUUCCUCUCAGGAUUGCGCCAUACAUCAGAGUUAUCUUUUUCAUCUUAAACUUUAGGGAGUUGCGGUCGUGCAUGCUCAUCCUGGCAGGAAUGCUUGGCACAUACUUAAACAUCUUGGCUCUGUGGCUUUUAUUUCUUCUGUUUGCCAGUUGGUUAGCCUAUGUCAUGUUUGAAGAUACCCAACAGGGGAAAAAAAUAUUUACUUCGUAUGGUACCACCUUGUAUCAAAUGUUUGUUUUAUUCACCACGUCCAACAAUCCAGAUGUCUGGAUACCUGCCUACAAGGAUUCACGUUGGUAUUCCUUGUUUUUUGUUCUCUACGUGCUGCUGGGAGUUUACUUUGUCACUAAUUUGAUCCUUGCUGUUGUAUACGACAGCUUCAAAAGUCAGCUUGCAAAACAAGUUUCUGAGAUGGAUCAGUCGAGGAAAAGUAUACUAAAAAAAGCCUUCAAUUUAUUAGAUAAGGAUAAUGUUGGAUCUCUCAAUAAGGAUCAGUGCAUUCAACUAUUUGAGGAACUAAAUAAAUACAGGACUUUGCCAAAAAUAUCAAGGGAAGAAUUUGAGCUGAUAUUUAAUGAGCUGGAUGCCAGUGGUGAUUUCCAGAUCAACUUGGAAGAAUUUACAGACCUUUGCAAUGCCAUUGGUCUAAGAUUCCCGAAGGAGGAUACUCCAUCUUUGUUUGAAAAAUUCCCUUCAUUCUACCAUUCAUUAUUGUCUGAGAAGUUGAAGGCCUUCGUACGGAGCCCCAAAUUUGGAUACAUAAUAUCCUUCAUACUCAUAGUCAAUCUGGUUGCUGUUAUUGUCGAAACAACGCUUGAUAUAGAAAACAAUACUGGUCAAAAGGCGUGGCAAGCGGCAGAGUUUGUCUUUGGGUGGAUAUAUGUACUGGAAAUGGCUCUGAAAGUCUAUUCUUUUGGAUUUCAGAACUAUUGGAGGGAUGGUCAAAAUCGCUUUGAUUUUCUGGUCACAUGGAUAAUAGUUAUUGGGGAAACUAUAACUUUUGUGACUCCUGACGGACUAAUUUUUUUCUCAAAUGGAGAAUGGAUUCGCUACCUUCUCAUUGCAAGAAUGUUACGAUUGAUUAGGAUCCUGAUGCAUGUCCAGCGUUACCGAGCAUUUCUUGCCACGUUGUUAAGUCUCAUACCAAGUUUGAUGCCAUACCUUGGGACCAUAUUUUGUGUAAUGUGUAUCUAUUGUACACUUGGGGUACAGGUAUUCGGUGGAAUUGUUAAUGCAGGAAAUGCCUCUUUGGAAGGAACAGAUUUUUAUGAGAAUGACUAUUUACUUUUCAACUUCAAUGACUACCCAAAUGGGAUGGUGACACUUUUCAAUUUGCUAGUCAUGGGGAACUGGCAAAUUUGGAUGGAGGGUUACAAGGAACUAACAGGAACUUGGUGGAGCCUGGCAUAUUUUGUCAGCUUUUAUCUUAUAACUAUCUUACUCCUAUUGAAUUUGGUAGUAGCUUUUGUCUUGGAGGCUUUCUUUGCUGAAAUGGAUCUUGAGACAUCAGAAAAAUGUGAAGAAGAUGGGAAGGAAGUGGAAGGAGCAAAAGAUCGACAUCGAUCUUUGGGCUCCAAAAGUCGAAGCCAGAGAAUUGAUGUUCUUCUCCACCAUAUGUUGAGUGCAGAGCUAACUGAGACACAGCCCUCUAAUGCAUAGCUUCCUAUAUUUCCAUUGUGAUUGUGUUUAUGGAACUAUAGAAACAGCGAAGGAAAUAUCGACUCAAGAAGGCUACCUCUCUGUCUUCAGAUUCUCUUGCUGGUCUGAGAAUGAAAUCUUUUUGGAAGUGAGACCUUGCUGGAGACGAAUACAUUGUUGUUGUGCAAUGGACUAUGUUCCUACAUUUAGGUUCGAUCAACGAGUGCUUUUACCAUGAUCCUGUUUCCAGUAAUUUUUGUUUUCACAUUUUUGCUACUGAUACACAGAUUGUUCAUCAAAUUUGUAAAUUUGUUGUAAUGUUAAUUGAUUAUACAAGUAAAACCACUAAAAGGUAUAUGGCUUUA